CGUAAUGCAAUGUUGACAACAUGACAAGCGAAGUUUUCCAAUGAACAUAAACGUUGCGUACUCGAAUUAAUCAUGGUUUAAUUCGACUAAUUUUAGUCGGGACAUAAGCUCGUUUCAUGUGAGAGCCGUGUUUUGUCGACAGGAUAUUUUUGAGCCUACUAGCUGCACAGUUAGCUACAGGCUCCCCGCGGUAAUGAUGCCGACCCGCAGCGCCGCCGCUGGUGCUCCCAGCAGUAAGGUGAAGUACUCCAGGGUGGCGGAUAAUGAGGACGGCUACAUCGACCUGCAGUUUAAGAGGAGUCCACCCAAAGUUCCAUACAAGGCUAUUGCCCUGGCUGCAUUCCUCUUCCUAAUUGGCUCCUUUUUGAUAAUAAUUGGAGCCCUUCUCUUGGCUGGGUACAUCGAAGUCACGCAUCCCGACCGCACCAUUCCUGUGCUCAUCAUCGGGAUCCUGGUGUUCCUUCCCGGUUUCUACCACCUGCGCAUCGCCUACUACGCCUCCAAGGGUUACCGCGGUUACUCCUACGACGACAUCCCAGACUUUGACGACUGAACCAAUCACAGCCCAGAUUGUUCAUGCUCUUAGCCUGUCACGGAGGGAGGUCUUUGUUUUUCCCCUCACAUCGUCCUGCCAGUUGCACGAAACGGCUCCAGGUUUCUCCCCUGCAGUGCUCUGGAGCUGAGGAAUGCCGCACCGAGUGGAUUAACAGUAGUGUGGUUUCCUUUUCCCAUAAGAGUGUUUAUAUUAAAUAUAAGUGAUCAGUAUUUAAGAGACAUAGGCCUUAUAUUUAAAUGUGGUUGCUUCUGUAAGCCUGUUUGCAGUGCUCCAUCCAAAGUGAUACUUUUCAUCACAGUAGAAACUGGUUUACUUUUAAAUGUUGAUUUACAGACUUUACAUUUUUAGCAUGUUUUUAUUUUUCCUAAUC